UAACACGAGCCAGCCAGCCGUAAACCAAGUGACAAGCAAGCAAAACAAACGCAAGCAGGUUGGAGCCGCGCGCAGGGACCUCCGGCGCAACAGAGUAAACAACUCGGCCGUCUCGCCAAUGGACGCGCGUGCGGACAGCCGCCCUCCUCCCUUUCGUCUCCCCGCGCCCGUCGUCUUCCUCCGCGUCCCUUUCGCCUCGACUAGACAUCCACGGCGCGCACCAAAUACGUACAUAUAUAUGGAGCGAAAGCUCACCUCAGCUGCAGGCUAGCAGUUGGUACCCGGACAAGAUUCCUCAUCAGAAGGCUCUUCUUCUUCUUCUUCUUCCUUCUUCUUCUUCUUCUUCCUGUUCAGGCAGGGUCGUCGUCGUCCUUCUCUUUCGAGUGUCAAAGCAGGAGUAGUGUUGUUGAGGAUGCAGCGGCACACGGGGCGGGACAUGUGGGACGUGGAGGAGUGCCAGAGCCCGCGCAUGGGCAGCGUCAUCCUCGGCGUCGACGGCGGCGCCAGCAACACCGUCUGCGUCUGCAUCCCCGCCGCCAUGCCAUUCAACGACCCGCUCCCCGUCCUCUCCCGCACCGUCGCAGGCUGCUCCAACCACAACUCCGUCGGAGAGGACAGGGCAAGGGAGACCUUGGAGAGAGUGAUGUCACAGGCGCUGCUCAAGGCGCGCCGAAGACGAUCAAACGUCUGCGCCGUCUGUUUGGCCGUAGCAGGCGUCAACCAUCCAAUCGAUCAGGAGAGAAUGCUGGAUUGGCUCAGGGAGAUUUUUCCAAGCCAUGUCAAGCUAUUUGUCGAGAACGACGCGGUGGCAGCAUUAGCAAGUGGAACCAUGGGCAAGCUCCACGGAUGUGUGCUGAUUGCAGGGACAGGGACGAUAGCUUAUGGGUUCACCAGUGAUGGCAGGGAAGCCCGAGCAGCAGGUGCAGGGCCGGUUCUAGGUGACUGGGGCAGUGGGUAUGGGAUUUCUGCACAGGCAAUGACAGCAGUGGUCAGAGCUUAUGAUGGCAGGGGUCCUGAAACGGUGCUUACGAACAACAUCCUCGACUUUCUUGGGCUAGCAUCACCAGACGAAUUGAUAGGAUGGACAUACGAAGACCAAUCAUGGGCCCGCAUUGCUGACCUUCUUCCGGUUGUGGUAGAAUCUGCUGAGAGUGGUGAUGAGGUGGCAAACAAGAUCCUACAUAAUUCAGUUGGUGAACUAGCUUCCAGUGUCAAGGCUGUAGUGCAAAGGCUUCAACUUGGCGGUGAAGAUGGCAAACAUCCAUUUCCACUUGUUAUGGUUGGUAAAGUCCUUGAGGCAAACAAGAGGUGGGACAUUGGGAAAGAAGUGAUAGAUUGUGUUACCAAGAAUUACCCAGGUGCCUAUCCAAUACACCCCAAGGUGGAACCAGCAGUUGGUGCAGCAUUAUUAGCAUGGAAUGCUAUAGCAAGCGAAUUAGAUGGUGAUAUUAGAAAUGUUCAAUAAUGAAACCUUCUAUACAUUAUUGUAUAUUAUGUUAGCGUCAAAUCUUCAGCCUUUUUUUUUUCGCUGUAACAGAUUGCUUGAAAAGGUUGUAAUCUUGUCAAAAAACAAAAGGUUUACCAAGAAAUUUGGUUUAAUGGAAGUUUCUCCGCAAAAGGAGAGUA